UUUUACUAACUCAUUAUAAAACGAUUUGUCUCAAUUAGUACUUCGUUUACAUUCAAUAGGUCCCAAUACGUAGAUGUACAUUUAACUAUGUUUACCUUCUAAAUUAUACGAUACGCUCCGCACUCUGUACAUUCAAUGCUUGAUAUCUGUUAUCUAUCAAUGUCACUUAUAUUAUACGGAACGAGUUUCUUGUUGUGAUAUGUGCUCGCUACAAAAUAUGUGCGAUCCUAGUACUAGUGAUGAAAAUAAUAUGGAAAUAUCCACAAAAGAAGUGUGUGUUGUUCACACUGAAUACGGCGCUGUUCGAGGAUACGAGUAUGUUGACAAUUCGAAUGGUCAAACAUUUUACAAGUUCAAGAAGGUCCCGUACGCUGUCCCUCCUAUAGGACAUUUGAGAUUUAGGCCGCCGGUCCCAAUUUCAAGAUGGAUGGGAGAAAUCGAUUGUACUCAAGAUACGCCUAUGCCAAUAUCACUAAACAAUACACAACUCAGCUCGGAAGACUGUCUUUACGUAGAAAUUUCCAGUCCAAAUAUAAGCCCCAGCAAACCCUUGCCUGUUAUGUUUUGGAUAGGAAGUGUCAAUUAUUCGUAUUGUUUUGAUGAGAUUUACGAUCCGACAGCUUUGAACAAUAGUGGCGUUAUAUUCGUGAGAUGUGGCUUUCGUAUAGGUCCAUUCGGAUUCCUCUCCAUGAACGAUUUGGCUGCACCUGGCAAUUGCGGCUUGAAAGAUAUCGUGAUGGCCCUAAAAUGGAUACAGAAUAAUAUAAUACACUUCGGAGGAGAUCCGACUAACGUCACGCUAUUCGGGAGUAAUAGUGGCGGGAGCCUCGUCCACUUGAUGGCCUUCUCGCCGAGUGCAGCCGGGUUAUUUCAGAAGGCUAUCGUUCAAAGCGCUUGUGCUUUGAACAAUUGGUCUAUUACAUUAAACCCUUCAAAAGCUGUGAUAGAAUUAGCCAGACAAGUGGGCAUUGAAAAUACAGACAAAGAUGAAAUUAUUGAAGAAUUGAGAUCUCUACCAGCACAAACGAUUAUGAAAGGUUUUUAUGAACUAUGCCUCCAAACACACGACACUGAUUGCGUGGAUGCAAUAUUCAAACCUUGCAUUGAAGAAGAAUUUGAAGGACAACAAGCUUUUCUUACAAAAUCUCCAUUAGUUCUAAUAAAAUCUGGGGUAUAUAAUAAAGUUCCCAUGAUAAUUGGAAGCAAUAAUAUAGAAGGAGCCAUGAUGGCCCAUAUAAGAAAUGAUUUUUACAAUAACAUAAAAACCUUUAAUGUAUGUAGCCUUAGACCGUUUAGUGAAGAAUCUAAAUCAAUCAGAACCCUGAGUAGAAAGAAGCUGCUGAGAUUUGUUUUAGGAGAUAAUGAAAAUUCGACGGAGGCGUCUCGCCAAUAUUCACAGAUGGUUAGCGAUUUUUAUUUUUUAUAUCACAUAAAUAAAACAGUGCGACUUCACAGCGAGUAUGGACCCAACACUCCCUUAUUUUAUUACAUAUUUAACUGUUAUGUGGAAUACACAGGCAUAAAGGAUACUAAUUUUCUCACUGGGUACUGUGCUGAAUUAAGAUUCCUGUUUCCAACAAAAUUUCAAAAUAUGGGAACUUCGAACAUUAAUCUGGAUUCUCUAGUAACCUCGAAUAAAAUGAUAAAGAUGUGGACAAAUUUUGCAAAAUAUGGGCACCCUACACCAGAAGAAGACCCGUUGCUUCAGGUCACAUGGAGUCCCGUCGAAAACAAUGAAAGGUUAAACUACAUCAACAUAGGAUAUGAUUUAACAGUAGGAAGAAACCCAUUCUACGAUAGAAUGAAAUUCUGGGACGAAAUCCAUGAUAAAAAUGACAUACUGAAAUGGGUUAUUUAUUUUAAUGAAAUGGGAAUCAAAUGGUAGGUAUUCAUUGUCAAAAUAAAACAACUGACUACUAAAACCAAAACGCUAGUUAGAAAUUAAUUAUAUAAAAUUACAUCGAAUUAAGGAAUAUUUUACAAAGAUUCAAUCAAUAUAGUAAAUAUACUAACAAGCAGUUUUGCUUUGUCUCUUUUUGUACAUUUUAAUCUUAAUUAUUCUGACGUCGAACAAUAGCAGCGGUCCACACCUAGAAAAAUAAGGAUAAGAUCAGUCUUACAGUACAUACAGGUUUAACAAAUUUUAGAAAUAGUUAAAUUUAGUUACUUUAAUCAACUGGUAAACGAACUGAACGUGGCCAUUCAGUUUUUUCAAGACUGUUGGCUCCGUCUACCCUGCAAGGGAUAUAGACGUGACCAUAUAUAUGUAAUCAACUGGUAAAGAUGUUGUCUCUGCCUACGCCUUCAGGAAAGAAUCGAGAUUAUAUGUUUUAUUUUUUUAUGUAAAUAUAUAAGUAGUAUAUAAGUAGUUUAAGUAAGUAAGUUUAGUACCUAUUUAACCCAAUUAAAAGUGUAAGAGUAGUACAGUUGACACAUUUUUUCAUGGAACCUUAUUUUAAAAUUUUGUUUAAACGGACCACGUUACACCACAUUACACUAUCACCACGUUCGUGAACGAAAAACUCUCAAUAGCAUUCUGAGAACAAAUCUAAAAAAGAAGUAAUCGAGUAAGAUUAGGUAGUUAGGGUACUUCACCUGCCAGAUUUAAUGUAAUAAUCUCAUACUUUCACAAAAUAAAAUCAUUAUAAAAUUGGAAAUAAAAUUGAAUAUUAUUUAAAAUUACUUCUUAAAUGGGAAAACCAAAUCCUCUCUUCGUCCCCAGAGAUACAGUCCUUCAAAAACCUUAAAGCCAUAGCAGCCAUAUAGCUACUUACCACGGCACGUUAAUCGAUUCAGGCACUUCUUCUUUUAUACAAGGAUACUUGUAAAACAUCAUCGACCUCGCAAGAAGGGGACGCUAACGUAAUAAACAAGUAUCAGUGCAGCACAAAGGUUGUUCUGUACUGACAUACAAAAAUAAAUACCAAUUACCUAUACGUUUGAAUUUGAACAAUGAGCGUCACGCGUCUUUGUAGGUAUUAACAUAGACAUACAUACAAAUGUCACGACAAUACAAUGAAACCUUAGUUAAUCAUUUUUUAUUGUAAUUAAGUACUUAACGAACCUCUUAUUAUUUGUUUUAUGUUUUUGGCUAUUGUUGCAAAGUUUUGUAUGUAUAACAAUACCUACUAUAUAACCCUGUAUUCUAUGGAUAUAAAAUCAAAUCUUCACAUAAAUCUGAGAAUUUUCGUCGAAAUCCGACUAUCUUUUAUUUUCUAUCAAUCGUCUCGUUUCAUAUCGUGGCUUCGAAAAAAGGAUUAAAAUAAAAACACAGAUGUUUUAGAAAUUUUAACGUGAUUAAAACCCAAGUUAGAGCUGUAAUACAUUACAAAGCGUUGUAUUUGUUUUCCUGUAUAUAUUUCUUGUUAUAAACAAAUAAAUUUUAUAGUUAACCGAAGUAUUUUGUAAUUGAUAUUACCAGUUUUAAUUAAAAGUUUAUAUUGUUAAUCAUGAAAACAUGUCAAAUUAAUAAUCGCAGUCUUUCCAAUUAACUUGUAUACAUACUUUGUUACGUAUCUGCGUCACACAAUUUAAAUAGUAAGUAGAAUAACAAAGCCGGCUGAAGCGUGAUUGUAUAUAAGCCUUCGAUCACAUUGUCAGCUUUACUCGAGCAUAUGCGAGUAUGGAAAACGAGCGGGCAGUGUCGCUAUUCAUGAUCUAUGACAAGGUAUAUAUCAUUCCGAGAAAU